UAUAGUAGCAUCCCGGCCCUGGGGGUGAUACCAUAUUAAUAAUAAUAAUUAUUAUUUGAUUAUUAUUUUUAUGCUAAUAUAAUGUUCUCCACGUGCUUGUAAAAUAAUAUCAGAAAUCAUGUUAAGAUUUUUUGUUUACGUUCUUGUUUCAAAGCUAGUUCAAGGGCAACAUAGUCUCAGGGAAGAACUUCUUACUGAGGAAGAUUUACAGCUAGCUCAAGACAAACCAGGCACUGCGUCUAUUACUACUCUACAAGGAUGUUUCCUUGUGCCGAGCAGGACAGGGUGUACAGGGUGGAAGGAACGGGUUUGCCAAAGAGAAAAAAAAGCAAGAUAUGAAGACGAUUGUACACUACAAGGUGGGAGGAUGCUUAAAAAUUGCCAGACGAGUAAUGAACGGGUUCCCACUGAAACUAGUCUUACAACCUGCGGCACAAGAGUUGAAAGACAGUGCCAGGGUCCUUGCUACAACUGUAAAACCAGCUGUAGGCCCCAGUUCGAAAGAACCUGUUGGGUCAACCAUGUUGUUAAAACUGUGGAAAAUGUUGUGAGGCAGGGAGGAGUUGACUAUUAUGAAGAAAAGAGCAGGGUUGAAAAUGUGAAUUCAUGUUCGGAAUCAAGAAUAGGAGAUAUAUGCGCCCCUGUCAACUGUAGGUUUAUAAACACUGAUGAGGAAUGUAUGCACAAGAAUCAAACUGAAAUAAUUAAUCUAAAGUCUAGAACUUGUGAGCUGUGCAUCCAAACGAUAACUGAGGUUGUUGUGGAAGGAUCUUGUAUAGAUAGGGUUAGAAAGGAUUGCAGAGAACGUUUCCCCGUAUCUUGGACAAAAUUUUGCAAUACAAAUCAUACAGAUCACGAUCUAGUUUUAGAAGAGGAAAACAUUGUCAAUGAUAUUUUGAUAUCAGAAGAACCUAGAUCUUUACAGUCUGAUCUUUUCACCAACUCUGUGAAUCCUGUUAAUAAUCUGAUCUACGAAACAUUAAGAAAACUGAACCUUAAAGAUCUAGAUAAAGACACAGUGAUUGUUAUCCCAACACCUGGAACUGAUUCCUCUCCGAAUCUGAAUGAUGUCCUCCCUUUAUUAGAGCAGGAGGAAGAGAAGAAGGAUGACUCGAUGAACAUCAAUGUGAAUGUAAAAUAUGAAUUUGAUGAUUUGCCAGCAAUAGCUCAAGGUCUAAACCCAUCUUCAAUCAACAAACAACUGGAGGAGUCCUCUUUUACAACCAACCUCAACAAUCUUGAUUCAGACGGGGAUACAUCUAAAGAGGAGGAUACUAUCUUCCAGGAACCAACUGAAACUUCUGUUACUGAUACCAGAAAUCUUGACUCAAAUUCGGAACAAAACUACGAAGAAUCUAAGAAAAAUGAUCAAGACGACAUUUUCGACGAAAUAUACAAAGCAGAAGAACCCAAGCGGAAAACUACAGAAACUAACACCUACUUCAAUCCACUACUGCAGGUUUUGAAUGACAGGGAUAGGAAUGAAAUAUCCGCUGUUGAGACCCCAACAACAACAACAUCAUUACAAAUAUCUUUUCCAGAGAUUGCUCCAGUUUUUCCUCAGUUUUUCUAUACAUCAACAACAGAGAGUAAUGUUGACGGUUUUGAAACCGUAAAUUCUCAACCCAGUCCUUGUGUUGGAACUACAACAGCCCAGCCUGUACAAUCCACAUCAGCUGAACUUGAAACUGAAUCAACAGCUUUAAAAGCUGAAGCAACAACAAUUGUCACAUUAACAACAACGACAUCAGCUGAACCAAUAACAACUACAAUAACGACUGAGUUUACAACAACAAUAAAAACGACUGCUACUACAACUGCUUCAACUACAGAUACUGCACCUGUUGCUCUAUCAUACAGGGACAAGAUAAAGAUGUGCUUUCUUUACAAUAUAAACUGUGAUUUCUCGUCCAACAAUAAGGAACAGAAACAAUCACCAACAACCACCAGAACAACAACAUCAACUACUACCACAACAAGAACAACAACACCACCAACUACCGAGUCAAGUGAAGAAUCAAGAAGUGCAAAAUAUCAUCUGGGUAAACCCACAUUUUAUGGCCUUUCGACUUAAGCACUGGGUUUUCGU